AUGAAUCCACGCUUUGAAAAAUACCUUAAGGCUAACAACUUAUUCUAAAGAGGGACAGCAUAUCACACAGUUGCCGUCAUUGGUGCACAAUCAAGUGGAAAAAGUACCUUGCUAAAUCUAUUGUUCUCAACUGAGUUCGAGACACUAGACCAACAAAAUGGAAGAUAGUAAACCACUAAAGGAAUCUGGAUGUCUAAGAACCCCAACGGAAGCAUUCUUAUAUUUGAUAUUGAAGGUACCGAUAGUAAGGAGAGAGGCGAGCAGAGAUUAGUAAUCAUCUAUGAAACAUUUAACAUUCUUUUAGACAUUCGAGAUGUUGGAAGAUAUGGAGCCUCAAACUAUGGCCUUUUGAAAGUCAUUUUUGAAGUUAAUCUAAAGAUCUUUGGCCAGUAAUAAAAGAAAAGACUUCUAUUUGUCUUAAGAGAUUUUGAUGAUAGAGGUUCUAACAGAGAGAAGUAUAUGGACAUUAUCCAUGGAGAUGUUAUGAAGAUUUGGAGUGAAAUUUAUAAGCCUGACCUAUUUAAGGAGUCGGUACCAAGUGAUUUCUUUGAGUUUGAAUUCGCCAUGAUCCCUCAUAAAAUUUACCAAGAACCAUAGUUUAUUGCUAAAUGUGGUGAAUUAAGAGAUAGAUUCGAUGUCCAUGCACCAAAUACUCUUUUCCCAACACUAGAUGAUAAGAAUGUACCCAUGGAUGGCCUAUCGAUUUAUAUUGAUAGUACUUGGGAGAAAAUUAGAACUUAAAAGGAGCUUAAUUUACCAGAUCAAAGAGUGAUGGUAGCAAAUUUAAGAUGCAAUGAAUUAAGAGAUGAAGCUUUUGACCUAGUUAUGCCACAAAUUAAUGACUUAAAUGAACUUGCUUACAAGUAAAAAGUUGAUGAUUUCCAGUAGAAGUGCUAGAAUAUUAUAUAGGAAGCAAUUUCCCAUUACAAGGAAUAUGCACAUUAAUAUGAUAAGACUGUUUACGAGAAAGUAUAGAAAGAGCUUGUAGGACUUAUCCUCUCAAGUUUAUUCAAAACUUUUGAUCUUCAAUUGAAGAGCAUUAGACAACAAAUUUUUGAUAAAUUUGAUAAGGAGCUUAGAAAGCUUAGUAUCAGAGAUCAAGUCAAUGAAAAAUUUUUCGAGUCAUCUCAAAAUUUAUUCAAUGAGUGCGCUAUCUCAUUUAAGAAGCAAAUUGCAAAUCUUGUUGUCGAUGGAAGUGGCUGGGGUGAACAAGCCUUAAAUCAUCAAAAUGACAUUGAUUAGCAACUCAGAUCCCUAAUUCAAAAUGCUAGAGAAAAGGAAAUUGAUAAACUCUAAGUACUCACACUUUAAGCUGCUAAGAAUAACUUAGAGGAGAUUAUUAAUGCUCCAAUUUAUGAACUUGAUGGCGAUUUCUGGGAACAGAUUAAGAAGCCAUUUUUAAAUGAACUUAGAGACUUAGGUUCGAACUCUGGCUUCAGAUGUGAUCAUGAAGAAAUUUAAGAUUUCUUACAAAAUCUUGAGCAAACCAUUCAUUCAAACACUGUCGAAAUAGUGAAGAGACUUUUUAGAGAUAUCAAUACUAACCUCUUGAGAAAAUUCAAUAAGCUUUUUAAGAAGGAUGAAGCUGGAAAGAACAGAGAAUGGAGAAAUAUAGAGGAAUAGAAGAUCAGAGAGUUGCAUCUCAAAUAUAAGGCUUUAAUGGAUGAUGUUAUUAGUGACUUCAAAUAUAUCAAACUACCCAGAGCAGCUUUGACUGGAGCAGGUGAUUCAAAUUCAACUCCUGGCGGUGGGCUUUAAAGAUCUAACACUGUGAUGUAUGCUAGACUACUAUCAGAGCAGGAUAUCAAUAAGGUGAGAGAUAAAUUCAGUGAAGAUAUUGAUUUUGUCCUCGAGGAAGCUAUCAGAAAGCAUCAUAAUAUUUAGGCUACCACUAUUCCUUGGUGGAUUUAUCUCCUUCUUGCAUUCUUUGCAGCUGAUAAUGUAAUUGGAUGGCUAUCCUCCCCUUUAAUAUUCUAUCCACUUGUAAUGAUUUUGGGAGGUAUUUCUAUGCUCUACUCUAUGGGACUCGGCCCUGUGAUUGGUCCCCUUGCUAGACAAACUACAAAUGUUGUGCUCAGCAGAUUCAACAUGCAAUUGUAGCAAUAGGAGCCUCAAUAGCAGAGCAAACUAUCAUAGAUAAAUAAAUUUCCAGUUAGCCAGCAUGACCAUUAAUUCAAGAUUAUUAUUAUUGGUGAUCCUUGCUGCGGUAAAACAUCGCUACUGAUGAGAGUUACUACUAACAGAAGGAAUGAGAUUUAUGAAAUGACCAUAGGAGUGGAUUGCAAAUCAAGGACAUUUGAAUACUAAGACAAAAAAGUAAGGCUUCAGUUUUGGGACACUGCUGGUUAGGAUAGAUUCACAAGUAUAACAACUUCAUAUUAUAGAGGAUCUCACUGUUGUAUUUUAGUAUUCGAUAUUACAAACUAAGACUCAUUUUUCCACUUAUAUAAAUGGAUUGACUAAUACAAUUAUUUCAAUGACUUCCCAAUCAAAAACAUCAUCAUAGUGGGUAAUAAGCACGAUCUAGAAGAGUUAAGAGCAAUCUCAAGGCUUGAGAUCAAUUAGUUUUGUUAAAGUUUAAACUGCGAAUACUUAGAAAUAAGUGUUAACAAUGACUAAGGUGUUGAUAACCUAGUAAAUAAGGUAAUAGAGAAGUGUCUUUAAUUGUAGAAUAAGGUAGAUGAAGAACUGCUCUCUGGUAAGGUAGAUGAGAUUCAUCAUAACACUAUUAAUCUCAGAACUUAACCUCGUCCUUCAAUUGCUGAUAUAAGACCCCUUAAUCUUAGAAAGGUAAAGAAGAAGGGUAAAUGCUGCUGA